UCUUCUUUAGGCAUCUCCAAGGCAGUGAUGGCUCUCCAGAGGACCCAGGCCUUUCUUCUGCUCUUGCUGCUGACCCUGCUGGGGCUAGGGCUGGUACAGCCCUCCUAUGGCCAGGAUCGCAUGUACCAACGAUUCCUGAGGCAACACGUGGACCCUGAUGAGACAGGAGGCAAUGACAGCUACUGCAACUUGAUGAUGCAAAGACGAAAGAUGACUUCACACCAGUGCAAGCGCUUCAACACUUUCAUUCAUGAAGAUCUUUGGAACAUCCGUAGUAUCUGCAGCACCGCCAACAUUCAGUGCAAGAAUGGCCGGAUGAACUGCCAUGAGGGUGUAGUGAGGGUCACAGACUGCAGGGAGACAGGAAGCUCCAGGGCUCCCAACUGCAGAUACCGGGCCAAGGCCCCACCACAAGUCAGCCUUUGA